AGGUACCACACAUCAAUCUGACUACUCCCUUAUCUGAUCAAUUACAAAGUAACCACAACCAGGCUCUACUCCAAUUACAACUGAUUAACCAAUAAUACAUUCUCAAAACAUUCUAUUUUUUAGCGCCUCGUUUACAGACCCAGCCUCUUCUAUAUUACUAAUUACUACAAAUGUCUUCUGACGGCGAAUUUACAAGAACUCAAAUAUUCGGAACAGUAUUUGAAAUAACCAACCGAUACACCGACUUGAACCCAGUGGGGAUGGGGGCGUUUGGGUUGGUUUGUUCUGCCGUGGACAAAUUAACAGGACAAAAUGUCGCUGUUAAGAAAAUCAUGAAGCCGUUUCUGACUGCUGUACUUGCCAAGAGAACUUAUAGAGAAUUGAAAUUGUUAAAGCAUUUGAAACAUGAAAAUUUGAUUACAUUGGAUGAUAUCUUCAUAUCUCCUUUAGAAGAUAUUUAUUUCGUCAAUGAAUUGCAAGGUACCGAUUUACACAGAUUGUUGACUUCCAGACCUUUGGAGAAGCAGUUUAUUCAAUACUUCACAUACCAAAUCUUGCGUGGGUUAAAGUAUAUCCAUUCGGCUGGAGUGAUUCACCGUGAUUUGAAACCUUCAAAUAUCUUGAUUAACGAGAAUUGUGAUUUGAAGAUCUGUGAUUUUGGGUUGGCCAGAAUUCAAGACCCGCAAAUGACAGGAUAUGUAUCUACUCGAUAUUACCGUGCCCCUGAAAUCAUGUUGACUUGGCAGAAAUACGACACUGAAGUUGAUUUAUGGUCAGUUGGAUGUAUCUUAUCAGAAAUGAUUGAAGGCAAACCAUUAUUCCCAGGAAAGGACCACGUUCAUCAAUUUUCCAUCAUUACCGAAUUAUUAGGAUCUCCUCCACAGGAUGUCAUUGACACAAUUGCUUCAGAAAACACCUUGAGGUUCGUCAGGUCAUUACCUCACAGAGAACCAAUUCCAUUUGGUGAACGUUUUGCUUCCUGUACUCAUGUCGAGCCCGAGGCCAUUGAUUUAUUAGCCAAGAUGUUGGUGUUUGAUCCUAAAAAGAGAAUAAGCGCCGCACAAGCCUUGACUCAUCCAUACAUGGAACCAUACCAUGAUCCAACUGAUGAGCCAAUUUGUGAAACCAAGUUUGAUUGGAGUUUCAAUGAUGCCGAAUUGCCAGUUGAUACUUGGAGAGUCAUGAUGUACAGUGAAAUCUUGGAUUUCCACCAAAACCAUGGAGGUAUUGAGUUGCAAAAUCAAGACCUGCAACAAUUAUCUCAAGAUAUUGUCAAUGUUCCUCAACACCAAGACCAACAGGUUGAGUUGAAGUAUGAUUAGUCAUAUAGUAUAAAUGU